AAUUUCUUCCUCUGCGUCCACACCAUUGUUGGUCGUUUCUUCUUUAUGUUCUUGCUUAGUUCUAUUUGUCUUGUCUGAAAAUCAAAAAAAAAAAAAAAUCAUUCUUGCUCCUCUCGUCUUGUCUAGACAAAGAAAAGACCCACUUGUUGUUCUUUUCGCUUCAUUCUGCUUCCUUCCUUGAUUGACAACCACAAUACCAAGGUACCGUCACAGCAGAAAGAGGAGAAUCAUUGUAGAAACAAAGGAGACAAAAUAAUGAAGAAAAUGAAGUAUGUGUUGGUUACAGGUGGAGUUGUGAGUGGACUUGGUAAAGGAGUGACUGCUAGUAGUAUUGGUGUGGUUCUUAAGGCUUGUGGUCUUCGUGUCACCUCCAUUAAAAUAGAUCCUUAUUUAAACACUGAUGCUGGAACCAUGUCCCCUUUAGAGCACGGUGAAGUGUUCGUGUUGGAUGAUGGUGGCGAGGUGGACCUGGAUCUUGGAAACUAUGAGAGGUUCAUGGAUAUCAAGUUGACCCGUGACAACAACAUCACUACUGGAAAGAUUUACCAGUCUGUUAUUGACAAGGAGAGAAGAGGAGAUUAUUUGGGGAAAACAGUGCAGGUUGUACCUCACAUCACUGAUGCAAUUCAAGACUGGAUAGAGAGAGUAGCGCAGGUACCGGUGGACGGGAAGUCAGGUCCAGCUGAUGUGUGUGUGAUUGAACUGGGAGGGACGAUAGGUGAUUUUUCUUUGGAUGUAGGAGACAUUGAAUCCAUGCCAUUCAUUGAGGCUCUAAGUCAAUUCUCAUGCCGUGUUGGGAGCGGAAACUUUUGCCUGAUUCAUGUCAGUCUUGUUCCUGUUUUGAAUGUUGUUGGGGAACAGAAAACAAAACCAACACAGCACAGUGUCCGGGGACUAAGAGGACUGGGUUUGACACCAGAUAUUUUAGCUUGUCGCAGCACAUCGGUACUUGAUGAGACUGUGAAGGAGAAGCUCUCACAAUUCUGUCAUGUUCCCGAAGAAAACAUAGUCACUCUUUAUGAUGUUCCAAAUAUCUGGCACAUACCUUUGCUUUUAAGAGAUCAGAAGGCUCAUGAAUCAAUCUUGAAAAAGUUGAACCUUUUAAGUGUUGCUCAAGAGCCUAAUUUAGAUGAAUGGACUUCAAGGGCUGAAAUCUGUGACAUGUUAUCAGAUGAUCCAGUUCGAAUUGCCUUGGUUGGAAAGUAUACAGGCCUUCCAGAUGCUUAUCUUUCUAUAGUGAAGGCUCUUUUGCACGCAGCCAUAGCUCGGCACAAGAAACUUAUUGUGGAUUGGGUUCCAGCAACUGAACUUGAAGAUAUAACUGCCAAAGAGAAUCCUGAUGCUUAUAGGGCUGCAUGGAACACUUUGAAGGGUGCGGAUGGCAUUCUUGUUCCUGGAGGGUUUGGUGACAGAGGUGUGCAAGGGAAAAUUCUUGCAGCAAAGUACGCUAGAGAAAACAGAAUUCCAUAUCUCGGGAUUUGUCUGGGAAUGCAGAUUGCUGUGAUUGAGAUUGCGCGAUCGGUACUUGGCCUGCGUGAUGCAAACAGCACUGAGUUUGAUCUUGACACCAAGAAUCCUUGUUGCAUAUUCAUGCCUGAGGGCUCAACAACCCAUAUGGGGGGCACAAUGCGUCUCGGAUCAAGGAGGACGUAUUUCCAAGUCAGGGAUUGCACGUCUGCAAAGUUAUAUGGUAACAGAAGCUUCAUUGACGAGAGACACCGACAUAGAUAUGAGGUAAAUCCUGAUAUGGUAGCGCGACUUGAACACGCCGGACUCUCUUUCACUGGCAAGGAUGAAACAGGACGGCGUAUGGAGAUUGUUGAGCUACUUAAUCAUCCAUACUUCAUUGGAGCUCAAUUCCAUCCUGAAUAUAAAUCGAGACCAGGAAAACCUUCUGCUUUAUUCCUAGGGCUUAUAGCAGCAGCAUGUGGGGAAUUAGAAUCUCUCUUACAAGGGUGUCGCAGCAAAGAGAACGGAACGGUGUCUAUGAAGCAACAUGUUUACCAAAAUGGAUAUGAUAGUAAGCUGGCAGCCAUAUCAUCAGAGUGUAGUAAAAUAUAUAGCAGCAGCAACAGCAACCGCUAUUGCAAUGGCAACGGUGUACUCCUUUGAAGGCUGUUACUUGACUAAUAAGUAAUGAUGUAUCUUUAUAAGUGGUAGUUGUUUUGUUAGGGUUUAGGUGGUUUUUUUUUUUUUGCCUGGUGUUUUAGUAGCAAAGUUUGUUGUGUAUAGUGAACUGGGAAAAUGGAGUGGCUGCAGAAUUGAUGGAAACAGAGCUGGAUCCUAAAUCUUUUUUUCAAGGAACAGCUUGUUCUGCUCA